CUUUCUUCUUCCUUGUUUGUUCAUCGUCUUCUCACUCAAGAUCUAACCGGAGAACGAAGACUCCGCCGAAUCGAAGUUCUUCCACUUCAUCCUCAACAAAAAAAUGUCUUCCUCGAGGAAUCUACCCAAGGAGAAUCCACUUUCUCGUCCGAGCGUAGUGGCCAAGACUCGAGCCCCACUCGGCGACGUCGUGAACCGCCGUAAUCCUCUCGGAGACAUCACGAAUCAGAAGACCGGAUCUAGAAUCUCCGCUCCGUCUUCUACUCUCGUGCAUUGUUCGAAUAAGAUCGGGAAAUCAAAGAAGGCACCGAAACCUCCCAAAUCGAACGUGCUCGUUCCUUACGAAGACAUCGAAUCAUCCUUCGUUGCAGAGUCAGAUUUGGGAAAUGAUGAUGAUGAUGAGGUUGAUGAUAUUGACAGUAACCUCGUGGAUCCGCAGCUUUGUGGUGCCUUUGCUUGCGAUAUCUACGAGCAUUUGCGUUCAUCAGAGGUGAAGAAAAGGCCUGAUUUUGAUUACAUGGAGAGAGUUCAGUCUAACAUCAAUGCUAGCAUGCGUACUAUACUCAUUGACUGGCUCGUUGAGGUUGCUGAAGAGUAUAGGCUUUUGCCAGAGACGUUGUAUUUGGCGGUGAACUGUUUAGACAGGUAUCUUUCAGGGAAUGUGAUUACCAAGCAAAACCUGCAGUUGCUUGGUGUUUCGUGCAUGAUGAUUGCAUCAAAAUAUGAAGAAGUGUGUGUGCCUCAAGUGGAGAGUUUCUGUUACAUCACUGAUAACACAUACUCAAGAAACGAGCUUCUGGAGAUGGAGUCUUCUGUUCUGAAUUACUUGAAGUUCGAAUUAACAACUCCAACAGCAAAAUGUUUCUUGAGGCGCUUUGUUCGUGCUGCUAAAGGCAAAAAGGAGGUCACGUCACUGCUGUUUGAGUCACUAGCGAGUUAUCUCAGCGAAUUAUCUCUCUUGGAUUACGCUAUGCUUCGCUACGCUCCAUCACUUGUUGCAGCCUCUGCUGUUUUCUUGGCACAAUGCAUAUUACACCCUUCAAGAAAACCAUGGAGCUCUACGUUGGAGCAUUACACAUCGUACAGGGCUAAACAUUUGGAAGGAUGCGUUAAGAAUCUUCUUCAGCUAUGUCAUGAGAGUCCCUCGGCCGAUGUAGUUGCAGUCAGAAAGAAGUACAGUCAAGACAAAUACAAGUUUGCAGCAAAGAAGUUUUGCCCCACCUCACUGCCACAAGAGCUCUUCCUCUGAUUGGGUUUCUUGGUGCCUCCUUUUGUUUUUUCCUCGUCUUGUUGAUAGAAACUCAUUAGCUCAGACCAAUGUAUUCAGUUCGAUUGAUGUGUAGGACGAACGUAAUGAACAUAAAACAAUAACAAUAAAAAAAAAAGAAAAAAAAAUCACCCACGCUGCAUCAGAAUUAAUUGAUAAUCAAAUAUAUGAAACAAAACAUUUGCUUAUUUUAUUCCACUGUGAAAAUGCUAGUACAAAUCAUAGCUACUACAGUGAUAAAAUUCCAGAACUUCUGGUCUUAGAGCAGCAUUAUCGCUGACUCUAAUAAAGUCUCUUAGGAAAAUUUUAAUUAAAAAAAGAUUAAAAAAAGAAGAAAGGCGAAGGCACGCCUCUUACGUAAGGCUUGUAAGGCCCGCCUCUUAGUGUCCACGUGUCAAGAAAUGAUAGGCAGAAGCGUGAUUACGCGUUUAACGUGAUCAACUAUCUUCUCUCUGUCUCUCUCUCUCUCUCUCUCGAAACUACCGUUGUCGUCUUCGAUUAGAGGAAAGCUGAUAUCGGCCGGUUAUAGAUCUCUAUCGGGGAGCCGCGUGCAUGUUUAUUGCUUUGAUCGGAAUUUGGAUCUCGUUCCUUUGGAGAAUGAGCUCGAGAUCUUCCUUCAGCUAAAGCCUGGAUUGAGUGCGUAUCCUAAUGAUCCGAGGCAAUCAGCAAACUCUUUGGUGACUCUGUUCCUAGUGAGCUGCGUCCCUUGACUCCUGUUAGAGUUGGGGCUACUGCUGGUUUGAGGGCUUUGGGUCAUGAAGCUUCUGAAAACAUUUUGCAAGCGGUUAGGGAGCUCCUGAAAGAUCGAAGCAGGUUGAACACUGAGGCAAAUGCAGUUUCUGUUCUGGAUAGUACUCAGGGAGGCUCUUACCAGUGGGAGAAAAAGAUAGAAACUUUCCAGAAGUCUCUUCCUGAUGGAAAAGUCAAGCAAGUUUUCUUCUUUGAUCCUGAUGGUAAUCUAAUCUCUCUUUUUGCAUCAUAAUCUAUGCUUAGUAGUAGUUUCUAUUUAUAUCCAGUUAUGUUCAUACUCUGGUUCCCGAAAACAUGGACUUUGAUGUAUCGUAAGUUGUAGAACAUUUGUUGUAGUUUUGUUGUCAGCUAAUUAGGAUUGUUUGGCUCA